AUGAUACGGCAAGAAGACAUGAAGGAACACCUCAGGGAGUUCUUCGCCUUCAGCGGCUUUCCUCAGGGCAUAGGCGCUCUUGACGGAUGCCACUUUUGUGCCUCCCCACCUAAGGAGCAUGCAGUGGAUUAUUACAACUACAAAGGAGGGUACAGCAUCGUACUACUCGCAGUAGUUGACCACAUGUACCGUUUUCGGUACAUAAAUGUUGGAGCCCUUGGCAGGUGCCACGACGCCAGCGUUUAUGCAAGAUCAAGGCUGUCUGGUAUGGUGGACGGUGGAUACUUCCAAUUGCCUGUGGCUGUGAUCGAGGGCGUCGAGGUGCAGCCAAUAAUCCUCUGCGACCAGGCUUUCCCACUCACCACAAACUUACUCAAACCAUUCCCUAACGCCUCGCCGAACAAAGAGGAAGCAUCCUUCAAUUACAACCUAUGA